CUCAGAAACCAGAUGUUGUGUUGUGUAAUAUUUCAGUGUGAGGCAAAUGUUCAGAGACACAAAGACAGACUCAUCAUCCAGACAACAUGAAGGCUCCGUCUAUUUCUCUGCUCCUCGGACUGCCUGUGCUGCUGUUUGGACUGGUGGUGUCUGCGGUCUUUCUGAAUGUCAGUCAAAACCGUCAGCUGUUCUUUAGAAGAGACUCUGUCUCUCUGAGCUGUGUUGAAGAUGGACAGACAGUGGAUGGAUGGACAGUGAAGAGGACUGCAGGGGGACAGACACAGACGUGUGGUGGAGGUCAACAAGACUUUGGGAGAAUUAAUGGCACGUCCUGCAUCAUCCCGACUCUCUUCCCGACAGACACUGGAGUUUACUGGUGUGAAACCAGAGCUGGACAGAGGAGUGCCCAGGUCAACAUCAGCGUAUCAGAUCGUUCUGUGAUCCUGGAGUUGCCCAAACUUCCUGUGAUUGCAGGAAGUGAUGUCACUCUGCACUGUAAAACCAGAGAUAGUGCCACACAAACAGUGUAUUUCUUCAGGAAUGGGAGCUUCCUUGGAACUGGAUUCACAGGAGAGUUUACCAUCAGUGAUGUCCAGCGGUCUCAUGAAGGUCUCUACUCGUGUUCUACCGGUCUGUUUUCAGAAUCAACGAAGAGCUGGCUGAGUGUCAGAGAUCCACAUCCAGAUUCUGCUCUGUCUGUGGUCAGGCUGCUCUGCCAUCUAGUGGUCAUCUGUCCGUACUGCAUUUCUACCAUCCUGAUGGUGUCUAUCUACUGCAGCAAGAGGACAGCCCAGCAGAUGAGAGAGACCUUCAGUUCAAGUUAAAUCAUGGAGUUUUUCAUAUGACAGCGGUGAUACAGCACCACUUGCCUGACUUCAGGAAAGGUUUAUGUGUUUUUAAUAUCCUGAAGACAAAGAGCUGACUCAGUAAUGUAUGAGGUAUGAAACCUCAGCAGCUUCAGUUUGUAUCUCUGAUGUUCUCACUUCAUAGCAGCAACAAACCAACCUGUUAAAAUUAAGAAAUGUCAACAACACUUUCCCCUCCAUCACUGACUGAGACUGUGGACCUCUUAUGCAAGGCAAUUUACCUCCAGCUGCUCUGUUAGAGAUUCUCUGUGGCCAAGGGCAGAAAACUUGUCUUCAGAAAAACUGAAGAUUUGAAAACAAAAACAACCUCUGCUGUCUGAAAAUGUUAGGAUAUCCAGCAGACAUAGAGCAACAUGAACAUGUCAUUAUAGUGGUGUUUGUGUCCACCUGAUGAACGUGGACUCUUUAGCUGCUAAAUGUUCCACUUCCAGUCUCUAACCGUGUCUGCUGUUUGCUGCUGGGCAGAUAGUGCACAGUGGAUUAUCAGAGCUUGUUUGCUGCAAAUAGAGACUGCACCAGACCGGGGGUUAUGUGUCAGAAAUUUCCUGGUCAAUAUUAAACUUUUCCUUUAAUAUUAACACAA